AUGCAACUUUUUGAGCUAAAGAGGAGAUCAAAAUCUUAUUCAAAUCUUCCAAUUAUCAAUAAAAAGGCAAAAUCAAGCCCCGUAACCCCAUUAGCAAUGGACUUUUUCAGAAAAAAUACCUUUAAUUUUAACAUAGAGAGCGAAAAACCUAUUAAUUUCCCAGAGUUAGGGAGCUCAAAAGCCUCAAGCUAUAAAUCCUCUAAUUCAAUGAGAACAUUUAAUUUUACAGAAAGGCCAAUCCCAAAGCUUCUGCCUUCUACUGUAUCAACAGGCUCAUUUGGAGAAGUAAGAGGCUAUGCUGCAAAUACCCAUCAAGGGCUUGUCCGCACCUAUAAUGAAGAUAAAGCUUUAAUUAUCCUUAGAAUUCAACACAAAGACAUAAAUGAAAAAUAUCAGCAUUGACCAGACUGUUCUUUUUUUGGCCUUUAUGAUGGGCAUGGAGGUCAUUUGUGUUCCAAUUUCUUAAAAGAGAAUUUGCACCAUUUUAUUCUUGAUAACCAUCAUUUCCCUUUAUCACCAAAGAAAGCUAUAAUUCAUGGCUUCGAAAAAGCAGAAGCAAAAUUCACAGAGCUCGCUAAAUUAAAAGGAGAUAAUUCAGGGUCGUGUCCCCUUGUCGUCUUAAUUGUAGGCAAAAAGUGUUAUAUUGCAAAUGUUGGAGACUCAAGAGCUAUUUUAAGUACGCAAAAAGGGAAUGAAACAUAUAAUUUAUCUCGUGACCAUAGGCCAGCUGACGAAGCUGAACAUAAUAGAAUCAGAGCUGCAGGAGGCCAAGUAUAUAUUAGUUCUAAAUUGAACGUUAAAGAUCAUAAAGCCUAUAGGAUCUUUCCUGGAGGAUUAAAUGUUAGUAGGACUAUUGGGGAUUUGAAUGCGAAAAUAGAAGAGCAUGGAGGAAUUCCUAACGUUAUUAGCUCUCAGCCUGAAAUAAGGACUUUAAAGAUAAAAAAUGAUCACGAUUUCAUUAUGAUGGGCUGUGAUGGAAUUUUUGAUGUUUUAUCUACCAAAGAAGUAAUUGAAACUAUAUGAAAAAGCAGUGUUGAAGAGGAAAAUAUGGUCUCAAAUGCCUGCCGAAAAGGAGUUGAAGCAGUGAUAUCUGAAAGUAUGAGGAAAAGAAGCUCAGAUAAUUUGACAGCGAUUAUUAUUGCUCUUGGAGGAUUCGAAGUAUUUUGCAGAAAUUUAUUUACAUCAAGAGUAUUGCAAGAGUAA